AUGGUCUUUUCAUUAAUACACACAAAUUGGUAUUACAAAGAUAUUACCAGGCAACAAGCUGAAGCUAUUUUACUAGACGAGAAUCGCGAAGGUUGCUUUCUUGUUCGAGACUCAGUUAGCAAAAAGAAUACAUACACUUUAUCAGUUACUUCGAAAGACCCUGAAGCGCCAGGAAAAUUAAAAGUACAUCAUUAUCAUAUCCAUAGAACAGAAUCAUCAAGUCUGAAUGGACACAUGAAUGGAUGUGGUGUCGGUAGUGGUAGUGGCAGCAAUAGUGGUUUAAAUUCUACUGCAUCUGUUGCUGCCAGCGUUACAGUUACAACAACAACAUCUAAUACCAUUGCAAACGUGAAUGGUUCAAAUGGUACAGGGUCAAAUACCCCCAAUGUUGGAUCAACCACUAAUGGUGAAGCACAAUAUUACUUAUCUGAAAAGCAUGCGUUCCCUACAAUCAGUGAUGUUAUACAUUAUCAUAAGCAUAAUUCUGGUGGACUAGUUGUCCGACUCAGAUCGCCACCGACCAAAGAUCGAGAAAGUCCUGUCACUGCUGGAAUGGGUCUAGAUGAGUUUGAACUUGAUCCAGCUGACCUUCAUUUAGAAAGAGAGCCAAUCGGAAAAGGACAAUUUGGAGUUGUGAAACGUGGCAAGUUCCGUAACAUUCCGGUAGCUGUUAAACAAAUGGUUGAAGGGGCUAUGAAUGAAGAUGAUUUUAUUGAAGAGGCUAAAAAUAUGAGAUUUCUUAAUCAUCCAAAUCUUGUACAGUUAUUUGGUGUUGUAUUGAAAAAGCGUCCAAUUAUGAUAAUCACUGAAUAUAUGAAACAUGGUUCAUUACGUGAUUUUAUGCGACAACGUCAGCCACAGUUUUGUAAUCGACCAGUUGUUAUGUCUGAUAUUUGUGCUCAAGUAGCAAAUGGAAUGGCUUACUUGGAACAAGAACAGUUUGUACAUCGGGAUUUAGCAGCACGAAAUUGUUUAGUAAAAUCAAUUAGUCAAAAUUCAGUUCACGUCAAGGUAGCUGAUUUCGGUAUGGCACGUUUUCUACUAGAUAAUGUAUAUGAACCAAGUGCUGGAACGAAAUUCCCUGUUCGUUGGGCACCUCCUGAAGUAUUUCAGUCUACUUAUACAGCUAAAGCAGAUGUAUGGAGUUUCGGUGUGCUUAUGUGGGAAGUGUUUACCUGCUGUUCGGAAAACCCUUAUCAAGGCAUGAAUAAUACACAGGUUUAUCAGUAUAUUGUCGGUGGUGGGCGACUGCAUAAACCUGCUGUAUGUCCUGAGCGAAUUUAUGUUUUGAUGCUUGAGUGUUGGCAACAUGAUCCUAGUAAGAGACCGGCAUUUGAAUAUAUUUGUCAAAAAAUUGGAGGAUACCUAGAUCAAAACUGUGAGAAUUGACCUAGUGGUAAGGUAAACAAGAACGCAUAGAAAAUGAUCACAGUUUUAUGUAGAUGGAAAAAAUGAGCGAUUUUGAGCUGAUUUCUUGAACGAAAUAAAUUUUCAGAAUUUGUAUUAUUUAUUCUGAAUUUAAAUAAAAAAGAGUCUGAGAGAUUUCUUCGCAUUUGUUAACAUCGUAUGUAAAAAGAAACUGAGC